AUGCCACAAAUACCUGUUGAAAAGAUGUUGCUUGCAGCACUUUGGACAUUGGCAAAUCCAGAAUGUUAUCGACCUAUAGGAGACAGAUUUAACAUUACAAAAUCCACCGUGUUUAUUGUAUAUCCACAUGGUCCACAUUUAUGCACACCACAUCACUAUACUUUAGCUGAUUCAGCAUAUCCUUGUCUUACAUGGGUAAUGUCCCCAUUUCGAAAUAACGGUCAUUUAACUGAGGCACAAAUUUAUUAUAACUCGUGUUCAAAAACUAGAGUUAAAAUCGAGCAAGCCUUUGCAUUGUUAAAAGGCCGUUUCCGAAGAAUAAAAGAACUACUUGACAUGAAUGACCUACAAAAAAUUGUAAAUACUAUUGUAGCAUGUUGUGUAAUCCAUAAUGUGUGCUUAUUAUCAGGAGAAGAAGAUAUUCAAGAAUAUAUCGCUGAAGGUAUACAGCAUGUUUUUCCAGUUAUGUAUGAACAUGAAAAUAAUGGAAACGACCAAAAGGCACUGCAGUCAGAACUGCGCUUAUAA